CUGUAGAACAGUAAAACCUUGGUUUACAGCAAGAUGAUAUAGUAUUUGUUUGUUUUGGAGAGCGGGAAGGAGAGAGAAAGAGGAAGUAGAGUAGAGAGCGAAAGAGAGGGAAUGAGAGGGUGUGUUUGAGAGGUAAGGGUGACAGGAAGAAACUUGACUGUGAGGAGAGUCAGAGAGGGAGAAAGAAAGAGAGCGUGAGAGAGAGAGGAGGAAGUCUAACACAGCUACUGAAACAUGUCAGCUGUUGGGUAAGUGAGACUGAAGAAGACAAAUAGGUAAUAGAGAAAAGGUGUGAGAGACAGAGAGAGAGAGGCAGGGUCAGGGUGUAUGCAUGCCAGCGUGAUGGAGAGACCCUCCUGUCUCUCACGGAGCAGCAAGAUGAACAGCUACAUCACCAAUGCCCUCUCUGACUUCUUCUUCAAGUAUGAGACCCCCCGCCAGGUGCUGGUGCGGAACAGGAGAGUGGGGGUCGUGUGCCGAUUGAUUCAGCUGGGGGUCCUGGCUUACAUCAUCGGUUGGGUGUUUAUCUAUGAGAAAGGCUACCAGUCGACAGACACGGCCGUGAGUUCUGUCUUUACGAAGAUGAAAGGGGUGGGCUACACCAACGUGGAUGGAGAGGAGAGGGUCUGGGACAUGGUCGACUACGUCUUCCCUGUACAGGGAGACUCAUCUUUUGUGGUGAUGACCAAUUACAUUAUAACCAAAGGUCAGAAGAUGGGAAAAUGUCCUGAGCUCACAGAACCCAGGUAUCUCUGCAACUCUGACUCAGACUGUGAAAGAGGGAUAAUAGAACGUACGGGACAUGGACAUAUGACAGGGAAGUGUGUGGGGAACACAACCAAGACGUGUGAGGUUGUAGCCUGGUGCCCUGUGGAAGAUGACCACACAAUCCCAGAUCCCGCACUUUUGAUGUCGGCAGAGAACUACACACUGUUCAUCAAAAACUCUGUCACCUUUCCAGCAUAUGGUGUUAAGAGGAGUAACCUUGUAGAAGGUAUCGGCAAUCAGUACAUCAAGAGUUGUGUGUAUGACCCGACAACGUCCCCACUGUGUCCCAUUUUCAGACUGGGUGACUUGGUACAGCUGUCUGGCUUCAACUUCUCCACCAUAGCCAAAGUGGGCGGGGCAAUUGGUAUCGUCAUCGACUGGACCUGUAACCUGGACUAUGACCAGUCAGAGUGUAAACCGGUCUACACCUUCCACGGUCUCUAUGGAAAUCCCAAUGAGACAGACACGGCUAGAGCGUCUGUUGGAUACAACUUCCGGUAUGCGAAGCAUUAUAUGGAGGACAAACAGGAAAAAAGAACACUUCUGAAAGUGUUUGGGAUUCGAUUUGACAUCAUUGUUCGUUCAGUGGCCAGAAAAUUUGAUAUCAUCCCAACACUAACAGCUAUAGGGUCUGGCGUUGGAAUCUUUGGAGUGGCGACUGUAGUGUGCGAUCUGAUCCUUCUGUAUCUACUACCAAAGAGGGAGUUCUACAACAACAUGAAAUUCAAGGUCACAGAAACAGUAGAGCAGCUAUUCUCUUUAAAGAGGCUAAAUGAGACGGGAAGACCGUUGGUUUUUUAUUUGCAGUGCGACAACCUGAGGCUGGGUAUAAACACGUUCAUCUAUUACAUCCCCGACGUCUAUGCAGGACCACAAGUCUCAGCCAAUAUAAUCCUACAACAUAAAGAACCUUUAGACGUGUUCUCGUCAGAAAAAUAAGUAUCCAAGGAGUGAUCCUAAAAAGGGCAGAUUCAUGACUCUUGGGCUCCAGACAGCAGAAACAGGUGGAUCCGGCUCCAACUCUGCAGAACACAGACUCCAGGCUGUACUGCCAUGCAAAGGACACUUGGACAGGAAAAUAGUCUCAAACAACAUUCUUCUCUCUUCAGCUCAAUUAUUCAACUGCUAAUUAUUUAUACCUUCAAAUCUUGGCAACAGACCUCAAAUGAUGCUAUCUGUUUUGGAGAUAAACCGAGAUAAAUACAGGAUAUUAUUCUUUCAGAGACAGAAGCAGCUGCGCUCCUUUGUUCGCCUCAUAAUAAGAAUAAGAAUACCCUAACCCUAAAAGCACUGUUCUCUCAACAUUGCAGAAUUAACACUGAGUGUUGGUUCAUUACCUCAAAGCUCCAUGGUUUAUAACACAUUUUUAGCAGCCCUUCUACUUUAUGGGAGAACCACCGAUUUCCAACUUGAUAUGACCAUUAUAACACAGUUCCAUAACAUGUUUAUAACACGGUUAUUUAUACUUUAUGGUAGCACCACCCAUUUCCAACCUCUUCCAUCGGCACAGAGCCCUCAAUGUUGUCUUCAAGAGACAACACUAGAAGGACUACUGGUGGGGUACUUCACUUUGAAAGACAAAUAAUUAUGUAUUUUAGGUUAAAUCUUUCUCAUUUACUGUUUGCGAUUGCCAUGUGAAUUCAAUAAACCAUGUUCUGAGUUUAGGUUUUACUCUUGUAUGCCCUUUUACAGGUGACUUACAAAAUACAAAUGUAUUCAAAAAUGA